GAGUAGAAAAUCAUAUAAGAUCGUUAGGAUCAACAUUAACAUCACUUACACAUCAUCGUCAUCAUCCUCGACCUCACCCUCACUCUCAUCGUUUUUAUUUGUUUAAGGACGAAUAUCAUUACUCUUGUGAUCACUUGAAGUACUUUGACCAUUAACCAUAUUUCCUUGAUUACCAUCAUCUGGAAAAGAUAACUCAUUGAUUGAUGCAUUCCCUUCUUAAUUGAUAAAAGGUCGGGUUAGUGGUGCUGAAGGAUUGGGAGAUGAACAAAAGCUUGCAAUGUAAUGGAGAUUUGGAUUAUUGUGAGGGUGGUGGGAACAAACUACAAGCUAAUUGGGAGGGUGGAAGAUAUCGUUGAUCGAAGGAGUUGGGCGUCGACGUGCGAAAGAGGAAGAUACGAGGAAGAGAAUGAAAAUAAAUUGAGGGUUAACUAUCAGGUUGGGGUUGUGUUGUUCAUUAUGUUGGGUUGGGGAAAGUAAAUUUGACUCGGUUCAUGGGCAUAACCGAACUUGACCGGCCUAAUUUUGAUCCAAUUGAUAUGAACCUUGAAAUCGUACAAAAUCGUAGAAAUCGUAGAUUUUAUGGAUUUUAGAGUUUUAAAUCGGGAUUUUAUGGGAUUUUAAGGUUCAAAGAUUUUAUAGUAAAAUCAGGAUCGGAACCCAUAGGUAAGAUCGUAACAUCGUAAGAUUUUAAGAUUAAAAUCGGGAUUUUGACUACAUUGUGGGUGGGCAUGGGUUUCUCACUAUCCAACCCGAACCCGCCCGAUUAUACAAAUGUAUAUGUAUUCUGUUUAGAAAUAAUCAUUUUUUUCUCUAACAUAUUUUAUAUUUAGCAUAUAAAUAUAAUAUUUUCAUGAAAUUGUGUUGUUUUAAUUAAUUUUCUUCAUUCUAUUGAAUUAUUGUCGUACUUUUCUUCUUACGUAAUGUGAGAAUACGUGUUAAUGUUAACAUAUUGGUUAUAGUAAUGAAGAAAAAUCAUUACCCAUGGAUAACCGCGGAUACCCGAAACCCGAACGGGUAUGGGCAUGGUUUUAAUUUUCUACCGGUUUCACAUGUGAGUAUGGGUAUGGGUAAAACCCGAACUACUUUGGGUAGGAUAACGGAUAUGCACUAUCCGUCCCCGACCCGACCCAUUGCCAUCCCUAAACACCGAUGCUUCCUAUGUCUAAUUAAAUAAAAUGUAAAUUGUGACAUAUUUUCAAAAUAAAAGAACAAUAACAAUUCAAAAAUGACAUUGUUAAAAUCUCAUGAGUUUCUUUUUUCCAAAGUCGGUAUAGAGUAAGAUGAACAUUAUGUGACAAAGGAUGUGACAUAAGCUCCUCUUAUUUUUUAGAAGUGUGACCUCUUGCUUGUGUUGUUGUGCAGCAACAGGCAAUGUAGUCAAAAUCCCGAUUUUAAUCUUAAAAUCUUACGAUUUUACGAUCUUACCUAUGUGUUCCGAUCCUGAUUUUACUGUAAAAUCUUUGAACCUUAAAAUCCCAUAAAAUCCCGAUUUAAAACUCUAAAAUCCAUAAAAUCUACGAUUUCUACGAUUUUGUACGAUUUCAAGGUUCAUAUCAAUUGGAUCAAAAUUAGGCCGGUCAAGUUGGGUUAUGCCCAUGAACCGAGUCAAAUUUACUUUCCCCAACCCAACAUAAUGAACAACACAACCCCGACCUAAUAGUUAACCCUCAAUUUAUUUUCAUUCUCUUCCUCGUAUCUUCCUCUUUCGCACGUCGGCGCCCAACUCCUUCCAUCAACGAUAUCUUCCACCCUCCCAAUUAGCUUGUAGUUUGUUCCCACCACCCUCACAAUAAUCCAAAUCUCCAUUACAUUGCAAGCUUUUGUUCAUCUCCCAAUCCUUCAGCACCACUAACCCGACCUUUUAUCAAUUAAGAAGGGAAUGCAUCAAUCAAUGAGUUAUCUUUUCCAGAUGAUGGUAAUCAAGGAAAUAUGGUUAAUGGUGAAAGUACUUCAAGUGAUCAUAAGAGUAAUGAUAUUAGUCCUUAAACAAAUAAAAACGAUGAGAGUGAGGGGGAGGUUGAGGAUGAUGACGAUGAUUUGUAAGUGAUGUUAAUGUUGAUCCUAACGAUCUUAUGUGAUUUUCUACUCUUAACAAUUAAUUAACAGUGAUAUCUAUAAUGUUUCAGGUUUCUUAUUUGUGUGUUUCUAUUAUGUACAAGAAAAAUACAUGGAUUAGUUGUGUUUGUUUAGCAAACAAACUUAUCUUGGAAAGUAAUUAUGCUUUAUGUGGUUGAAUGUUAUUCAAGAAAUGCAUUUUUAUUACUAUCUAGUGUUUUAAGUAUUUAUUUUAAUAUGAACCUUAAAAUCUUACGAUUUUACGAUUUUAAUCUACGAUUUCGAUUCUACCUCAGUUUUCGAUUUUACUUAAAAUCUAGAUUUUGACUGCAUUGGCAACAGGGCUUAAGUAGCAUGGUGUUGUAGACGGACCAAUAUAUCAGCUGUUGCAACAAACAUUGCUGCUGUAAAUAAGAGAAUCGAGUCAUAAGAGAAAAAGAAGCAAUGGAUGAUUUGGUACAAAUUGAAGAAGCUUAAUAUAAGUUUGACUCAAAUGAAAGACUGACAUAAUAAUCCGAGUAGUGACCAUUCUGGCACGUAGGCAACAGGCCUACGAAUUCAUAAGUCAUUCCUGCUAAACUGGGGGCUAUCUAGGGCUUUAUCGGAAUUUCUCAGUUCCCUUAAACGUGAAUUGACCUACCUCAAAUAGGGAAGCUUGUCAAUCCCAUUCAAUAUGCUUUUUUGUAGAACGUCAACUUGCUUGCACAAAUCUUCAUUUGUAUUUCGUAGCGCAUAUGCUUUCUCUAAUUUUCCCGGCAGUGUCACUCUGCUAUAAUUCAAAAGGGAAAAACACUACAAAAAUUCAACAGCAAAUAAUCUUACCUCAAAGACAACAGAAAAAGACAAAACUGAGAGCGAUCAUAGAAUUGCAAUUCCUAGGUUGGAUGCAAGAUAAACUUCGACAAACGAAAGCUUAGCAACUCCAGGAUUUUACAAUAGGUAAAGUUAGUUUCUUGUUAAUACUAUAUAUUUUCUAACCAUCAUAGAACUCAGCUUCGCCAUUCAGACAGAAAUGACGAAAAAUUUAAGAUUUUGACAUACAUUCUCGGUAUAUCAAACUUUCUAAUAUCCAAAUCAUUUCAAAAGUACUUGUAGUAUGAAGAAAAAUUUAACCCUCAGAAGAAAGCAGUAUACCCUAGAGGACUGACUUAAAAGACCUUGCUGUUGUACCAAGUCUAAUUGAUAGAUAAACUUACAUUCAGAAAGCAUGCAAGGAUAAGACCAUAACAGAGAAAAACAGGCUGAAUCAAACCCAGACAAUAUCAAGACAAAUUGAAUGGUCUGGACUUUCUUAUAUUUGAUCAUGCACCAUCUAAUUUUUGUCUGAUUCUGAACAGUAACAUAUACACGCUCGCUAAACACUACCUACUCUCAAUUAAUCACAACCCUAGAAAAGCACAACUUCAUUUUAAAAACCAUGGUUAAACCUCACACUAAGCAUCUACAAAAAGGGUGAGAAGUACAUUGCUUAUAAUGAAUUCAUAACGGCAGCCACUUGAUUUCGUGGUAGAUCCAAGUAGCACAACUUGCUUAUAGUUGACAAAUACAUCCUACAUCUUACUGGAAGUAUUUGGCAUUUUGUGUUUAGUUAAAGCAAAAGCCUUGCAAGGCAAAUAAUUAAUGUUUUUUUUUUUUUUUUUUGCCUUCAUGCGUUCUUAAGUUCCUUUGCAUAGGGUUAAGAGAUCAUCUUCCUUAUAGUGGUUGAAUGUAGGAUUUUAAUACCGAGAGCUAGGAUAUCAGUGAAAAAAAGCACAAUAUCAAUCAUGUCCCAUACUCAAGAUUAUAAAUAAAACAAUGGAAUCUGAAGGCAACCGGGAAAGGUAAAAAAGACAGCCUCUUUAUCUUGGAUUUGAAAAUGAAAAGCAGACCAUGUCUGUGAUGGCAAUGUUGUAUAGCAGCUCUCCUCCAUAAAAAAAAAGAUAAACUGCAGUUAUGCUAGUAGAGCAAUGAAAUCCAAGGAGUAAUUCCAUAAGUAGAGAUAAGAUCAUAUUUGACCAAUUUGACUGUUUGAGCAAAUUCCAGAUGUAAAAAGUUCAUUCAUUAUGUGUUAUCUAGCUUGAUAAACCAGUACAAGAAAAUGGAGAAGAGGAAGAGUUUGUUACCUUUUUAUAGUUUCUUUAGAGAUACAUGAGCUGAAAGAUCCCUCUUACUGCAAUCGAUCAAUCCCACCAUGCUGCACCUUUUCCCCAACAACGAAUCAUGCAUCCAAUUAUCUAAAUAUCUUUGGUUCGAAACUUCAAUUGCAUUGCUCAUACUCGAUCUCGCAGAAUAGAUCCAUAAUUUCUUAACUGAAACACACGAUUGAGCAUUACCAACUUAAGAGAGCAAAAUCUGUAAAUUCCAACACAGAAUCGGCGAGACAUUGAGUGGAAGUGUUGACCUGCAAGGGCCAAAUUAUGUAUGGAUGGCACAGAGAAGGAGCAAAGAAGACCAACAUUGGCUCUGGCCUUUAUGAUUGAAUUAACAAUUGCGCUUCCCUCUUGAAACAGUGAGAUAACUACGUUGAUAACUUGAAAAAAUAGACCUCGUUUUCCUUCAUUCUUCAACUAUUGCUCUUCCCUCCUGAAAGAAAAGGGAUUUUUCAUGAGUGACGAAAUCAACAAAGAGUACCUACUGGUUGAAAGAGGCAUACACGGAACAAAAGCAUUGGAAAAAAUGAACAAAGCGGUGAAGUUCAACACUGACCAUUAUGUUAUGCAGAAGCACUUCUCUGGAUUGUUUAUGGUCCUUUCUUGUUUACAAAACUGAUGAAGAGGUAAUCUUUCAUUUUGUAUGGACUUUCCCCUACUCGAGUACUAAUACAAACGAUUAGCUGUCAAAACUCAAGCUGGUUCACAAAGAAUCUCACCAUUAAUAAAUUCCAGAACUCCGGAAUAGAAUAAACAUAUCAAAUAUGAAAUUUCUUCUUACCACAACAUAAAUGCAUAUGCAAGUGAGAGCUGACAGAUCCACCAAGCGACUUGAAAGCCUUCCGUGAAAACUCAGUCCAAGUUUGUGGGUAAUUUUUUAAAUGUUAUUAGUUACAAUGAACCUAUUUUGUGUAAUCAUCAUUUCGUUAAUAUUUGCAAUAUUGUGAUCUUUUGUUGAAUGAAACCAUAGCCGAAGUAACCCAUUGCACAUAACUUCGAGUUCUCCAUAUCCAGAUCUUCUUUCCUACCAGACUCCCAUCAAUGGCUUCACUGGCUACAUAUUAAAAACCAUGUUUGAAGGGGAGAUUGAUUGCUUGGGAAAGAAUAUAAAAGGAAAACAAAGGAUCAGGAUAGUGCACUCGACCUAGUGAAAGCACCUCACUUACGCACAGGGAGAUUGAUUAAUCAGGCACCACAUGAUUGCACUGGAGAAGAAUUGAUGUAUCCUAAAUAUUUAUUCACAAAAAACAGAUUUGUGACUUCAAUCCCUAAUUGGACCUAGCAAAAGAAUAGGGCAAUUUCACGAUACAACUUCAAAUACUUACCUGCGAUGGGAACCAAGAGUACACCAGCGUCAGCACAUACUUGACUUGAAGGAGGGAAAGGAAUCACGACUUUCCGAUUCCCCGAUCGAGCGGCCAUACACAUGGUUCCCGUUGGCUACUGUGGCCUAGGAGUUACUGACCUGCGAUGGAAACAAAGAAUCAACCAGCGAUCAUCACGGACAUGACUUGACGGAAGGGAAGAAAUCGCCGACUUUUCGAUUCCCUGAUCGAGCGGCCAUACACAUGGUUCCCAGUGUAGGAGAAGAGUCUGAGCGUAGGUGCUAGUGGCAGAUGCUUCAGCUGUUUGAUGGCGAGGGAAGAGAAAAAGUUUAGGUUGUUCGACGGGAAGGAUGCUCAGCAUUCGUGGGAUGCGGGGUGGGUGUGCAGACCCUUGGUGAUGAAGAUUGAUGGGAGUUGAAGAGAAGGAAAGAGAAAGAGGGAGGGUGGACAGUUUCAGUCGACAGAAAGAGGGGAAAAAACACCGCCUAAAUGGGCUGCCAGCUCAGCCUCCGAAAAUCACUCUAAGAUCAAGAAAAUUUAAAUGGUGGUAGCAAUUUUACUUUUCAGCUAUAAAUCAUACUGUUGAUUUGGAAAUUAUUCUCAUUUCUUACAAAAAGUCGUACCACUUAUUAUUGGCAUCCAUGAUCCAUGAACGCUACCGAGUUUGGGUUAGAAUCAGUGGGAUGAAACAUUUGGGCCGGCCCAUAAAAUUAGACGAAUCAUUUUCUCCAACGCUUCCCCGCUGGCCGCCGUUCAUCCAAUUAGCCUAUUUGUCCCGUCAAACUUCUCCACCGCGGCGCGUCGGCUACAGAUCGGUCGUUGGGUUACAGAAUGAGACUUUCACCUUGGAAAGUUUGAUUUUUUUCGUUUCAGAACCGGAAUCUUUCGCUCCAAGUUCCCCUGAAAUGUGAAAACCUGAUUCCCGAAAGAGAAAGUUCAAACCUUUUAGCAUUUGAGUUUUGGUUACAGCACCCGCCGAUACUUCUUCGCUUCCCAAGCUCCGAGAUUCCCCAAUGGAGGCAUCAACUGCGACUGUUACAACUAGCGCCCGCGCGCAGCCCUUUGGCCAGACCGAGAUCAAUUGGGACAAGCUCGACAAGACUAAGUUUUAUGUGGUGGGAGCUGGGAUUUUCACUGGGAUUACAGUAGCAUUGUAUCCUAUGUCUGUUAUCAAGACCAGGCUCCAGGUUGCUACAAAGGAUACGGUUGAGAAGAAUGCAUUUUCUGUCAUCAGAGGGUUACUGAAGUCAGAAGGUAUACCUGGUCUAUACCGAGGGUUUGGCACCGUGAUAACUGGGGCAAUCCCUGCUAGGAUUAUCUUUCUCACAGCUUUAGAGACUACAAAAGUGGCUGCUUUCAAAAUGAUCGAACCGUUCAAUUUAUCUGAAGCUCCGCAAGCAGCUGUAGCAAAUGGGAUUGCUGGCAUGACCUCGUCUCUGUUCUCCCAGGCCGUGUUUGUUCCAAUUGAUGUGGUCAGUCAAAAGUUGAUGGUGCAAGGAUAUUCUGGUCAUGAGAGCUAUAAGGGGGGUAUUGAUGUUGUUCGUAAGAUUGUUCGGAGUGAUGGAAUCCGAGGAUUAUAUAGGGGAUUUGGUCUUUCAGUCAUGACAUAUUCCCCAUCCAGUGCUGUAUGGUGGGCAAGCUAUGGUUCAAGCCAACGCAUUAUAUGGAGGUUUCUAGGUUAUGGAACUGAUGCUGAGCCAGCAGCCCUUAGUGACACGAAGAUAGUCGCCGUUCAAGCUAGUGGAGGUAUUAUUGCAGGAGCUACUGCUUCCUGCAUCACAACCCCUUUGGACACUAUAAAGACACGUUUGCAGGUAAUGGGGCAUGAAAGGAAAAGUACUGCUAGACAGGUGGUCAAAACCUUGGUAAAGGAUGAUGGUUGGACUGGUUUAUACAAAGGGUUGGGCCCAAGAUUUGUCAGCAUGUCAGCAUGGGGAACCUCCAUGAUAUUAGCAUAUGAAUAUUUGAAACGCUUGUGUGCAAAAGACGAAUAAACAGAAAGACACUGGACAUCAUAGUGGCCAACAACAUCUUGCUGAGGGAACGACGGGAAUUUUCGCUCCUGUUCAGGAAUUACCUACGAUUCCUUAGGAUGCCUCUUUCGACAAACUCGCAGGAGAAUGUUUUCUUUUUGUUGUCGGCUGAGACUGCCAUGGCCAAAGCAUCUCUUAUACGAGGAGCUAUACCUAUAAAUCUUUUGCUCAGUUGCAGAUUUUUUUGGAAAGCCACAUGGAUCCAAUCUACCAUUCUUUGAUUACAUAGAACUUAGAAGAGACCUUUCAUUAUUAUGCUCCCUUGAGGGCAAAUUAUUAACGUGAUUAUAAAUUGUAACCCUUGUAUUGUUUCCUUUUCCCCUUACCAUUAAAGUGUAUGUUUGUAGGAGAACUUCGACUUCCUCUGAUGAUUAGUCAUGUACUAUUGAUCAUUCAUAUUAGUAAUAACAGGACAAGAAACAA